AUGGUUACUGGUCAAGCAACUAUGCAUUCCGCCCUACCACCCGAGAUCUGGACCCUCAUCCUGGAAGACCUUCCUACGAAGAGCCUCAAAGCCCUAUGUCUGGUAUCCCGGACACUCCAGGCCCAAGCCCGUAGACGGAUGUAUCGCACACUAAUCUACUGCGACGCCAUCAAUCGUUCGUGUUGCCCUAGGACAGACUUGCAGCGAAUACGAGACAUAACAAUCUUCCAUCAAAGCCUCACGAAUUGGGAAGGCUAUCGUGAAGUCACAAAAGACGUCAGUAUCGAGUGGACACAUGGCAUGGAGUGGCGAUCCACGCCCUACCCAGGAAAGUCGGAGUCAGAAGCUGAACAGCAAUUCAGCGACAUGGUCAAAGACACGGUUGUCCUUUUGUCAAAGUCACACAAGCUCCACUCACUCCAUCUCGGACUACCUCUAUUGGAUUCUACUGUCCCUUUCCAUGUGGAUCGGAUCACUUCUUUAAGGAUACCCGUUAGCGGAUGCCAAUACGAAACAGAUGAUCCCGGUUUCUCGACGUUAUUGAAGCUCUUUCAGAUCCCGACGUUGCGUCGUGUACAGCUUGAUUGCAUGUUACGCUUAUGCUGCGUGGUUCCUCACACCUGUCGCCAACCCAAUACAUCAAACGUAACGGAGCUAGAAUUCAUCAAUUGCGGUCCAAUCAGCGAAGAACUAAUCAAUCUCCUCAACUGGCCCACGGACUUGCAAAUUCUUCGCUUCGACAUAACAUAUGGUGAAAGUGGACGUCCCUUCGCCGUACCAAAUGCAUCAGUCAGGAGCGACAAGAUGAUAAACACGCUAUCACCAUUCAAACACAAUAUCCAAGUGCUGGAUUUGCAAGUUUACGAAUCAGAUUGUAUCAUCCCUGAUCAAACGGGGGCUCUUCACUCAUUCUCGAAGCUCAAGUGGUUGAGGAUUCCUCGACGAUUACUCAAGAUCUGGACUGAAGAUUUGGAACUUCAUGACCUCCAAGGUGUCGUCGACACUGCACCGCCGAUUGAAACGCAGCUACCAGAUACCUUGGAAUCCCUCCAUAUCAGUAUCGGUGAAAACUUUUGUUGGUUCCACGACACUGAUGCUGCUGAAGAAGGAAAUUCGAACCUGUUGCUAGAGCGACCUUCUGAAAAUGCAAAGGAACUUUUCAUCUUGCUGUCAGGACUUGCCACACCAGGUCGAUUCCCUAAUCUGUACGAACUCUGGCUCUAUACCGAAGAUUAUGAACAUCAUGCCUUUGCUCCAGAAUUUCGCCGUCGACAAGAUUACCCUCUCGAAUGUGAUCAUACGCGGAUAUUUAUAGAUUUACUGGAACAGAGGGAUAUCGAAGUAUAUUUCGAUGGCUACAAAUGGUCGGAGUUGGAGAAAAGGAUCUUAUAA